UUCACUUCCUUGGGCUCCGCGCGCCAUCCAGGGGCGCGGUGAUCCCUUAACCUGUGCGGGUCCCCUUCUAUGCCUCGGGAUCCAGCCCUCACUUCACUGAGCUCCAGAUGGCCAACGGCCCCUGGCGGAAAGAGGAAGAGAGGGUCCCAAUCAGCAAUGGACCUGUGUUGAGAACUGGGGGUCCCCUGCGUCUCCGCGACUGGCUAGUGGCACAGAUCGAGAGCGGACUCUACGCCGGGUUGCGCUGGGAAGACCCGGACAAGACCCUCUUCCGCAUCCCCUGGAAGCACGCAGCCAAGCAGGGCUACCAGGCGCAGCAGGACGCAGCGCUCUUCAGGGCCUGGGCUGUGUACAAGGGCAAGCACUUGGAGGGUACUGACAAGGAGGACCCCUCCACCUGGAAGACGAGGCUCCGCUGUGCCCUCAACAAGAGCAUCGACUUCCGCGAGGUGCGCGAGCGCAGCCAGCUGGACACCUCCCACCCCUACAAGGUCUACCGGCUGGUGUCUGACCACACCUCCCGCCCAGGUACCACCCUGCCCCUAAGGGUAGUGGCCGAGGGUGGCUCUCUGGGCAAUGAUGGACCUGUUGAGCUUGAACUCUGGGGGUACCAGGCACAGGACCUUGGACACCCCUGGAGCCCAGUGCCCUGUGAAGACUUCAACAGCCCUGAAAUUCCCGAAGUGGGAGCCAGAAGGACCUCCCGGUGCGCCGCCCGGCUGUGUAGGCUGGUGGCAGGGGAAGAGGUGGCCUGCCAACGCUCCGCCCGCGCCCUCUCCCUGGUGCCCGCAGAUUACUGGCUGCACGUGCGUCUUUUCUAUGGUCCGGCGCUGGUGCGCGAAGCCACCGCGCGCACCGCGGAGGGCUGCCAUCUGAGCCCCGGGACAGCCGCCUCCGCCGCCGCCCAGCGCCUGCUGGGGCCGCCCGCACGCUUGGCGCAGGUUCACUUCCCCGAGCCGCCGCCGGGCGCCCGCGUGCUGCGGCGCCUGCUGCCGCACCUCGAGCGCGGCGUGCUGCUGUGGGUGGCGCCCGAGGGCGUGUUCGCCAAGCGUCUGUGCCAGGGCCGCGUGUACUGGCGCGGCCAGCUAGCCCCGCACCGCGCGCAGCCCAACAAGCUGGAGCGCGAGCACACCUGCCAGCUGCUCGACACGCGCCGCUUCCUCGAAGAGCUGCACGCCCACCUGCAGGAUGGACGUCCCGAGCCGGAAUACCAGAUCCGCCUGUGCUUUGGCGAGGAGUAUCCGGGUCCCCCAGACCAGCCGGAGGAGAGGCUUGUCAUGGCUCACGUGGAGCCGUUCUUUGCCCGUGAUCUGCUCCUGCAUGCCAGGCGCCUUAACCCUGGCACCCCGCGGGGACCCCAGCAGGGCAUCCCGGAUGGCCUUUGACAGUCAACCCUAAUCGGGAUGCUUCCCCCUCUCCCACACACUAAAGGAAGCCCCACCACGGGGUGAGACACCCCAACCCUGCCCUCACUGAACCAGUGGACUUGGGGCCUCCCCCACCUAUUGCCCUGAUAGCGGACAGCUUAGGCGAUGGUGACCUUAACUCUCCCUGAAGGGAAUGGAUCCUGGAACGCCCAGCGGGGCGGAGGCCCGGCUGCUGGGCGCGGAGCAUCAGCGGGAAAUAGAAUUCGACCUUGAGGCCCCAGGAAAAACAGUAAUGGGGUUAGAAAUAGGACUAAAUCGCCUGUUGAAAGUCCAACAUGUCAACAGCUGCUUAGAGCUAGUCUUAUGGUGCCAUUGGGUUCAUUUGCUUAAAGCCUAGUUGACCUCAGGGUGGUUCAGAGUGGGAACAACCAGUAGCAGUUGCUUGGCCUCUGAGGGACUCUGGGCUUCCAGAUCCUUCCUCCCAACUGCUGCUAGUCUCAUUCCUUUAUCUGAGGGACAAUGAGGGGGAAUCCCGAAACAGAGGAUUUGAACCCUGGGUUUCAGAUGCUAACCACUGAACCACCAGCACAGUCUUUAGAGAGUGAGGCAGGAUCCCAAACAUAACCCUAAGGCAGAGGCCACAGUGGCAAUCCAGUCCCUCCCCCAGCCCCACUCAUCUUCACAAACUGUGAGUCGUGGAGAGGACUGGGAGGAUUCCCAACUGGAAGACUUAACCUCGAUGUUAAAUCCCCCCGCCUCAUGGGUAAAGCAACAUUUUUCUUCCUUUUCUGAUUUCUGACUUUAUUUAUAGGAAUCCUCUUACAGAUGCCAACAUAAUAAAUCUUUUAGUGAUGCAUUAA